AUGGCGUCGUCUCCCUUUAUCAUAACAGAGCACAUCGUCGGGUGCCAGCAUGUCCGCGAAUACCCUCAUGCGACGAGACACGGUGAUGAUGCGCUGCAGCUGGUGGUGAAGCGGUACACUCCCAAGUCGAACCCGGAUCCCCAGCCGGGAGAUGUCACAAUCAUUGGUGCGCAUGCGAGUGGGAUGCCCAAGGAGCUGUACGAACCACUAUGGGAAGAGACCCUCGCGAAGCUCGAGCAUCAGGAUGUCCGGAUUCGCUCUAUCUGGGUCGCAGAUACGGCAAGUCAGGCCGCCAGCGGGCUGGUGAACCGACAAAAUCUAGGCAAUGACCCAUCCUGGUUCGAUCACGCCCGAGACCUGCUGCAUGUAAUCAAUACCUUCAAGGCCGAGAUGCCGCGACCGAUCAUCGGCGUGGGACACAGUCUCGGCGCCGGACAACUGAUUUUAUUAUCCUUAAUGCACCCCCGCCUCCUCACCUCCCUCAUCCUCAUCGACCCCGUGCUGGCCCCAGAUGUUCUCACCGGCAAAGGCGCCGCCUUCGCCCGCGCCUCCCUCUCCGCCCCCGACAAGUGGGCCACCCGCGCCGCCGCCACGACAUUUUUGAAGAAACAGUAUCGCAAAUGGAAUCCGCGGGCGUUCGAUCGCUUGCUGCAAUACGGCCUAGUCGACACCCCUUCAGGAGUCAGUCUCACCACCUCGCGCCACCAGGAGGUGAUACAGUACCUUCGUGCCAAUUUCUCGGGCCGCAAGCCCUUAGAUCCGGCGAAUGAGUCAGAGGCGCAUGAUGCGGUGUUCCAUGCGGAUGUCAUCGGUCCCGCGCACGCGAUCGCCCCGUUUUAUCGGUACGAGCCCAUCCUGGCGUUCAGGCUGCUGAAGCAUGUGCGACCGUCUGUGUUGUAUGUCUUUGGUGAGAGGAGUCCGAUUUCGACGCCAGAGAUGCGGGCGGAGAAGGUGGAGCGGACGGGGCGGGGCAUCGGGGGAAGUGGUGGGCGUUUGCGGGGGAGAGUGAGGGAGGUUGUUGUUCCGGUUGCCGGGCAUCAGGUUCCGUUUGAGGAUGUAGGUGGUGUGGCGGUUGCGAUGGCGGAGUGGCUGGGGAUGGAGGUUAGGAGGUGGAAGCUGGAUGAGCAGAGGAUACAGCGGGAUUGGAAGGAACGGUCGGUGAAAGCAAGGGUGACUUUGUCUGAGGAGUGGGAGACUCGGCUGAAAGAUUCUUUGAAGAGGAAGGACAAGACUUUCAGGGCGAAGCUAUGAGAUACCUUUCGAUGAUGAGGGAGGGAGAAGGGAGUAAAUAGGAGCUGGCUUAUAGAGUACUGUUGGAUAGAUCAUGUCAUCCUUAGCAAAAAGUCGGGAGUAUAAAGGCGC